AAUGACAUAAUUGCUUUACUAUUUUGUAGGAAUUAUAGUAGUCUUCUUGAUUGUAUUUAUCUUAGUCAAAAAAUACUGCAAGUCUAAUAAUCCGGAAAACUAGCACUGUAUCCCAUAUAAUUAAAUAGAAUUUCUAGAUAAUUUUGAAUUGGAACCAAUUGGUCCAAAGGGUUAUCAAACAGAAAUUCAAAUAUAAAACAAUAAUGAAGCACAUUGCAAAAUAAAUAUUAUUUCAGAUUAGAUGAGCAGUAAUAGACAGAUGUCUUCAAUUAAUUCCAAAAUUUAAUAAUCAAUAUAAUUGAAUACACCUUCUCAUUUUAAAGCUGAUACAUAAAGAAAUAAGUUCGUUUAAGAUACAAUUAAUUAUUUAUAUGAUAAUAGUUGUAGAAAAAGAAAUGUAGGAAAUAAUUUUAAAUAUUUUUUGGGUGAGUAUUAUUAAUCUUCAGAUUUUUUGUAAUAGUAUAAUGUAAAAAAGUUAGUGAGUAAAUAACAAUUAAAAUAAAUAUGUACAGCAUAUCGAGCUGUAAGAGGAGAUGGAAAUUGCUUUUAUACUGCAUUUGGUUUUUAGUUUUUAGAAAUUUUAUUAUUAAAAUAUACAAAUGAUUAAUUUUACAAGUUUCUUAAUGAAAAUCAAAUACCUUUUUAAAUUAAAUUAUAAAAUGAAAAUAUUAUAGAUGAAAGUAAUUAACAAGCCUUUCGAAAUGAAUUUUUUUAUAGAUUAGAAAGACUUAAAUUAAUUUAGGAUAUAAAUAUUAGAAAGUAGAGAUUGUUUGAAGAAUUUAGAGCAUAUGAAAAAGAAAAUGAAUAAAUAGAUGGAUGUUUAUAUGGAUUGACUACUAUAUUUUUUAGAAACUUAGCAAAUAAGGCUGUUGAAUUGAAUUAACUUAUUAAUCAUAACUUUGAUUCAUAAAUUUUAUUCUAGUGGGAAGUUGAAUGCAAUGAUAAUGAAAUAGUAAUAUCAUCUUUAGCAAAUUUUUUGAAACUGUAAUUUAAUAAGAAAUUUUCUUAGAUUUAUUCAACUCAUAUUUUUCACAAAUUCCGAUUUUAUAGUAAAUAAAUAUGGCAUGGAAGAUGAUUAAAAAAUCAUCUUGCUCAUUAAACCAGGACAUUAUAAUAUUGGAAUUAAAGAAGAUUGA